CAUAAUUAUCUGUGCAACGCACAGUCAGUGUAGAACGGAGAGAGGAAAGAGAAUUGUCUAGAGAGAGAUGAAGUCCAAUGACUACUACGCUGACAUGGAGGAGCAGCUAUGGACGUGGACGACGUCGACACCCUAGAGAUCUUCGGCGAGGGCCCUACUGCCGUCGACCACAAGCUCUCCGACGCCGACUUCUUCAACUUCUUCGAAGACGACCUUGACAACAACUCCGAUGUCAACUGAAACCUCUCGCCACCGUCAUCAAACCUUCUAUUUCUGGGGUUUCAUUUGUUUAAGAAUUUGGACAAUUACAGUGUCUUGCCCUAAAGUUUGCCAGAAUAACAUGGACCUGUCUCUCUAAAGCAUAUCAGAGAAGAGAAGAUUCAAAGAUCUAAGCAUAUCAGAGAAGAGAAGAUUUAAAGAUCAAAAGUGAAAGAAAUCGAUAACUAUGAAUUAGUGUAAUUGUAAAUUGAUUUUUAUUAGUGAUCAGCUUCAGUGAAAAGUGAAGUCACCAACACUUCACAUUUUACACAAAUAAAAGUGGCACUUAUGUUUGAAUUGAUAUUCAAAAUGUGUAUCAAACACACUUAAUUAGGUCAAUAUUAUUUUUUGAACUGUGAA